GCCGCCUGCGAGCACGGAGCCGGGCUGGGAGGGCUUAUGAUGUGAUGUGAUCUGAUAAUACGGGCGGCUGGCUGCAGUUACAGGAGGACUUGGCAAUUAUAAAGCGGCCGCUGACACCGGCCCAGCUCACUACUCCGUGUGUGUGUGUGUCGUCGGGGGAAAGGGAAGCGCAGAAGCCCCGGAGGCUGACCGAAGCGCUCCAUCUCUGCAGUGAUUUUCCAGUCAGCCAUGAUGUCCAUAAAAACUCCUCCCCUCUCCCGCUCUGGCUCCUCGCCCUCCACUGUGGGACUGGCGAAUCGCAGCGGGUCCUCCACCACCCCUCCGACCUCUCUCAGCCUUCGCUCCUCGUACAACCAGCUGCUUGGGCGAGAUGUCAUCAAGGAGUCCUUGGAAACUGGAAGUUCGGCCACCUUGCCGAAGAGCCGUCAGAGGCACACGAUGACCAGUGUGCGCAGCGCUUUGGGGAUAAGUGACAACUUGGUUCUGUCAUCUAAAAACCAAACUGUACCCAGAGGAAGGGGCCUCCCCACCAAGUCCUCCUCCAGCUCUGCCCUGUACUCCUCUUCUUCCUCUUCCUCACUGUUUAAUACGACUAACCCCAAACUGGCAAAGAAUGGGGCCAACAUGCAGAGACGAGCUGAGAGCCAGCAGCUGGAGCUCAGCAGGGCCAAUACAGAGGGCAAAAUUCACAACGAUCUCAUCAAUAAUCCCACUUCGGACUGGCUAGAAUUUGAGAAAGAUAACUCACAGCUGCCACCCUUUCGAAGAAGGACCAAGAGCUUCUUGGAGUACCAUGGGAAGGGCUGGGAUUUGGACCUUAACUGGGGAAACAAAGAGGACAAGGAGGAAAAGAAACAGCAGCUCUCCCCAGAGAAGGAACAGGUCAGCCCUGUCAAAGAGAGGGACAGUCAGAAGGAGGAGAAGCCCAGCAGCAAUCAGACCUGCCAGGAAGAGAAAGAGGAGGUGGAGCCCGUGGUGGAGGAGGACGAAGAAGAUGAUGAGCCCACACCAACACCAAGACAACCGUUGCUACCAGUGGUAGUUGAGGCCCCUCUUUCCUCCACCUCUUCUUCUUCUAGUAACAGCCCAGAGUGGGUUCCAGACAACCACAACCAUGUGCAGAAACAAGCUCCAGCCCAGGUCAAAGAGGAGCUCUGUGCCCAGGUUCAGACUUGCCCACGUAGUCCUGCAAAGCCUCCGCGAAGCACCCAGCCCAGGGUGAUCAAGGUGGAACUGCACCCCAACAACGAGAAUCAGUUUUUGCAGCAGUACCCACCCUCUUCCCCUAAACAGGCCAGAGCUGCAGAGAAGAAUCGGGUGUCCCCUCCUCAGUUGGCUCCUGAACCUGAAACCGGCCUCCCAAAAGUGGGCUUAAGAAUGGAUAUGACUCCUGACACUCCAUCAGAAGAUGAAGACUCCAGCUGGACCACCCUGUCUCAGGAGACGCCCUCUCCACAGACUCCACAGGAGACAGCAGAUGUAUGGGUUGAAGGGGAGCUGCCCCCAGGCUGGCGGGAGAUCUCAGACUCAUCAGAGGUCUAUUUUUGGCACGUGCCCACCGGCACUACGCAGUACGACCGACCCGUUGCUUCGAGCAACCAACACACCGCUUCUAGCAAUGACACUAGCAAUGACCCACAACAGGUCACACAGGACUCCCUCAAGCCACCCAAUGAGCGCCCCAGCAGCCUGAUAUCUGACAGCUCCGUGGAGCCAGUCCCCUCACCCUCUGGCUCCUCCCCCUCCCCGUCCUCCACCUCCUCUGCCCCCUUCAAUGACAUCACCGCUUCUGGACAAAAUCCCAACACCACCACCACCUGCACAGCCAACGAUCUGAAGGACUAUCCGGUCUAUCCUGAUCCCAGUCUUAAGGCAUUUGAAGGCGCAACCCUCCGCUAUGCUUCACUUAAACUCAACCCUCCAGCCCAGCUAGAGACAGUGGACCUCAACAGCACAUUCUCUGACCCAGAGGCAAUGUCAUUUCCAGUGCGAUCUCUGGGCUGGGUGGAGAUGGCAGAGCAGGAUUUGUGUGAAGGGAGGAGCAGUGUGGCCGUCCACCACUGUAUCAGACAGCUGUCCUACUGCAGGAGAGACAUACGAGACUCAGCCGGCGUCUGGGGAGAGGGAAAAGGGAUGCUUUUAGUGCUUCAGGAUCGCAUGUUAACUCUUGUUGACCCCGAUGAUCGCAGUUUGCUCCACUCUCAGCCAAUCAGCAGCAUCCGUGUGUGGGGCGUUGGCAGAGACCAUGACAGGGAUUUUGCCUAUGUGGCCAGAGACAAAAACACGCGGGUGUUGAAGUGCCACGUGUUCCGAUGUGAUACCCCUGCCGCAGCCAUCGCCACAAGUCUCCACGAAAUCUGUUCCAAGAUCAUGGCUGAGAGGAAAAGUGCCAAAGCUGCAGCUGGCAGCUCCUCCCAGAACGGCUCCGACGUACCCCUGCAAGAGUUUCCCAUGCCAAAGACUGAGUUGGUGCAGAAGUUUCAUGUGCUCUAUCUUGGAAUGACAUCUGUGACUCGACCCAUAGGUAUGGACAUCAUAAAUGGAGCCAUAGACAGCCUUCUGACCUCUACAGGCAAAGAGGACUGGAUUCCUGUUAUACUGAGCAUUGCUGAUACCACUGUGGCAGUCAUCAAAGAAAAGGAGGAGGAAGAGGAGGUACUGGUGGAGUGUCGUGUCCGUUUUUUGUCCUUCAUGGGCGUGGGACGGGAUAUUCAUUCAUUUGCCUUCAUUAUGGACACUGGAAACCAGCAUUUCCAGUGUCACGUGUUCUGGUGUGAACCCAAUGCAGGCAGUGUAUCUGAGGCUGUGCAGGCAGCAUGUGUGCUUCGGUACCAGAAGUGCCUGGUAGCACGACCGCCCUCUCAGCGUGCUGGCUCUUCCUCCUCGCCCUCUGCAGACUCAGUGACCCGGCGGGUGACCACCAGCGUGAAACGUGGCGUCCAGUCUCUCAUAGACACUCUGAAACCCAAGAAACAGCCAUCAGAACUCCCCCAGCAAUGACCGUCACCACUGACCACUGCACCCCUCCCCAGCCUGAAAGCCACUCACACUUUUGCCACAACAGCACUUAAUCAGUACCAGCCAUGGUAACCAAUGAUGUACAUACAGUAUAACAAACAUCACCACAAAUUAAAGGAAAGAAGAAAAAUUCUUGAAAAUGCCUGAUGAUUAAAAAAAAAAAAGAGAAAAUUCAUCUGUUUUGUGUGAAGGAAUGGAAAAGCUGGUAUCACUGGUUGAACUUUGACCUUUGAACUUUGUCCAUGUGGAACCUAAUUCGUCCUGUAUGCGGAAUUCUGAGAUAGAUGGAUUACUUGAUCAUGCACUAUACAGACAGGAUAUAGGAUUUCCAAGAAGAUGAAAAGAAAAUCACAUUUCUAUUUAAAGACUAGCAAUGGAGCCCCUCGUCGAUUUACUCAUUUUUCUUUCCAUUUCUGUCCCCUUCUGAACUCCUGGACUGGAUGAGCUGCUGUAGCCUCCCAGGAUUGCGGUCAUGGAUAUUUGACAGAUGAAUGAGUAAAGCACCAAGAUCCAGCAGCUACCCACCAAGUGGCAUAAAAACAUUUCAAUCCCAUCAAUGAAUGAGAAAACUUUAAAAAAAAAGGCAAAAAACUUGCCAUCUCCUUUAAUGACGAAUGAAGUGAUUGUAAUAAUCAAGCGUAUGUAAAUGAUUGUAUGUAGGAAGAGAUCAUUUAGGGCAUAAACCUUAUGCAUACUAGAGUGACGUAAGAUAUUGGUGAAAAAAAUCACAGAAGUGGGGUUUGAUUUUGCAUGUUUCCUUGAUGGAGUUUGUUUUAUCUUGAUGAUUUGCGGGUCUCGAUGGGAAGACUGGUGAACACACAGAAAACUAGAUGCUCUCAGCACAAGUCAUUUCCACUUGACCAUAACUGGAUUGACACACUGGCACAAAAAAAAACAAAAAAAAAAAUCUGGCCUUUCACCAAACCUAAUUGAAAGGUUACUUUCUGUCUAAUUUACAAACACACUAUUUUAAUGACUUUUGCUUUUCCGUCUUCAAAGAAUGGGCACAUCAACAAAAGAAUGUUUUAAUGUAUUUUGCAGCUUUUUUUUUUUUUUUUGUGCAUAUGUUAUAGAAAAGGAAUAACGUAGUGCUUCUUUUCAACUUUACAAAUUCCUCAGGAAUCUUUAUGGCAUAUACCUGAAAUUUAUGUAGAAGCGAGAAACUCCACUUGACUUGGCAGAUGUGAAAGCGUGUUCGCUGUGCUUGGACAUGAAAAAGCUCAAAUUUGUGCGAUAACCUAAGGAUAAAUUCAGUAAAUCCAGCCAGUGUACUCCCACUCACAAAUAUUCACACACAAAUAUGCACAUUUAGCAGUAAAAAAAGAAAGUCAGCUGUCACUGCUGUCAAAAGUUUUUUCAGGGCUCCUUUGGCCCGGGGCCACCACCUGCACUCAGUGUGAACUCUGUGAAUGCAGUCUGAUCUAAAUGAAAACCACAUUAAACAAACUAGAGAGAUGCUAUAAAUCAUUUCAUUUCUGCUCUUCACCCAUCUCCACACCAUGUAAAUGUAAUCUGUUGUGACA